AUGAACGACGAUGCAGAAUUAUACGAAAAUAGUAACAGUAUUCCGAGGCAGGAUGCAGCUGACACUUUAAAUGAGUAUUCGUCAAGAUUAAACUGGAAAGAAACUGGAGAAAGUAUAUUAGAUAUAGGUUCUGGCGAUGGAAGUGUCACUGAUAUCCUGAGAUCAUACUUACCAACAAGUAGAAAGAUUUUGUUGGGCUGCGAUAUCAACGAGAGAAUGGUCAAACACGCCGAAGAGCGUUACGGAAAUAAGACGACAGCAUUUACUGUACUUAAUAUAGAAGGGGAUAUUCCCGAUGAGAUGAAAGGACAAUUCGAUCAUGUUUUCUCAUUUUACACAUUACAUUGGAUUCGGAACCAGGAAAAAGGGUUUACAAAUAUUCAUAAUCUGAUGAGUAAUGAUGGAGAAUGCCUUUUAACCUUUCUCGCAUAUUCGCCAAUAUAUAGUUUGUUCGAAGGACUCAAAGACUCCCCCAAAUGGACUGCAUGGCUUAAGGAUUUCAAUCUAUUCGUUUCGCCUUAUCAUGACUGUAUGGAACCGGAUCGUGUUAUUGAAAAACUGUUUAAGAAAAUCGGCUUUCGAUUCAUAGAUGUUCGUUCCAGACAAAAGAAAUUUGUAUACAACAAGAUAUCCGAUUUCAAAAGUAGGUUGAAACUUGAACCGGAUCGUGUUAUUGAAAAACUGUUUAAGAAAAUUGGCUUUCGAUUCAUAGAUGUUCGUUCCAGACAAAAGAAAUUUGUAUACAACAAGAUAUCCGAUUUCAAAAUUACAGCGUCAGCAAUAAAUCCCUUCAAAAUCCCGGAACAUAUGCUAGAAGAAUUUUUGAACGACCUUAUGGAAGUGGGAGAAGGAAUGGGAAUAAUUGAUAAAACAAAAAAUACCCCACAAGAGGGACAGGUCCCGUUGUUCGAGGCCUCGUAUACGGCGACAACAGACAUCAGUCCGGACGAAUACACACACCCGGGCUUUACGUAG